AUUUUUUUAGAUCGAUUUCUUUCCUUCAAUUAAUACUCUUUCCGUUAUUAUCUAUUUACUCUUCAGAAUGGAGUUUUACCGGGAAACUUCAACGGUGGAAAAAUAAACAAAAGUCUACCUCAGAAUGGUGCAAGUGGUUGUAAAAAUACCCGAGAGUCAGCAUGGUCAACCAAACGAAUGGGCAAUGAUUGAGUUACAGGGAACAUUAGAGACCAGACAUCCAGUCCCUCUUGGUGGGCGGUUCAUUGGUGACCUGCAUUUUACACAUAAGGAUGUUCCAGUACUGAUAAUUGGACACCACAUCUUGUAUGGGAAGGUAAUGACUCUUGAAAAACCGUAUGGAAUUAUGGUUAAAGAUACGUCACAAGAAGAGACAGGCGGACCACCCAACUACCAUAUCACAGCAGUUAUUAAAAAGAAACUGUUAUUUAAAACAAGGCCAAAGCCUAUAAUUGCAAAUGUUCCAAAGAAAAUUUGAUUGUUGGAAAUGAUUUAUGAAAAUAAAUUUAUAAGUAUUGUGUAAUAAUAUCUUUUAAUCUUUAUCAUCACAGUUUAUGGGUUUACAUUGAAGACAAAAAGUGCCAGUUGGAUGUUCAGCUGCCAGUUAGUCCAGUUUAUUCAUGAUAUACUGACAGGUUGAAUUUCAUGUCAUAAUGACAAUGUAUGAUAUGUCUGAGAAUAUUAUUAGGGGUGUAAAGCCCAUUUCUCAUAUACACUGAAACAGAAGCAAAACUGUAUCGAAAGAGUAGAAUGCAUAAUGACCAGUGGGCCAUUUCUUGUAUGCCUAAAUGGAAAUGAAACAGAAAUGAGAAUAUGCAGAAAUUAAAAUCCUAGUUUAGUUACUGAGUUCACACCCUUCUGCAAGGUGUUUUUCUUUGAUAUUAAUGCAAAAAAUCUGUUAAAAAAUCAUCCAGAAUUGUCAUGCAAUUCCUAAACAAGCUUGUGGUGUUCUCCAAAUACUUCUGGUUAGGAAUCACAUGUACCCAUUUCAUUCUGUGACUUUGGCACUUUAGUAUAAUUAAUAUUCAAGCACAUAUUAAGGUAAUUCAUGUGUUUUAAUCUAUUAUAGUGUGUUUCUACACAUUUUUUUCCCAGAAAUUCUAAUCAGUAUUCAACUGUGAAAGCCUUAGCCAAUUCCGUUACAAUAAAAAUAGCUUUGGGUCAGACUUGUUUCCGGUUCUGAGAAUAUGUGGACCAUGGUCAUUAAUGAUAAAUUUGUAAUGUGGAUGUUGCAAUAUUUUUGCAUUUAUUGAUACUGGCAAAUACAGGGAAAUAGAAAAGAUAGUUCUUUGAGCAAUCCAGUAAAACCUGUAUACAGACCUCACACGUGGGAGUCAUUAAGUUUUCUGUACUGUUGAACUUACUUUAGCAGCUACCUGUAUUAACCAUUUUGUUCUUAUUUUCCUGUGACUUAAGUAUUUAUUAAACUGCUUUGUGCCACUACCGAGGCUGUUACUCUGGAAAUGUGUAACUGAUGAUUUAAAAAGGAGCUUUUCUUAACAGCAGAUGAUCUUUAACACAGGAGUUUCACUGCAGAUAUGCAAAGCCCUUAGUAUUUUCUAGAAAUAAAAAACUUGUUAAAAUGUCAAUGGAUUUGCAAAUCUGUUGCCUCAUUACACUUUGGUAAAAGAAGGGUAACUCUAGUUUUGUAUUUGUUUGUAGGAAUAAUAGUUGUUUCCCUUCAAUCCUUAGUCUUCAAAUUAAGCUAAGGGGAAGCGUAAACCUUGUUUAAUAACUUAAAUUCCAGUGAGAACAGAAGGUGUUGGUAUAUUUAAGAACAUGUAUUGUCUUUAUGUCUUUGUCUUAAAAAUUUACUGUUUUAUGAAUUUUUAUAUGUAUUGGUAUCUGUUCACCAGUGUGUCAUUGCUGUUUUAAGAAUAUAUGAAAUUAAAAGUAAUUUAUUCUGGUG